AAAAAGAAGAAGGAAAACAGGGUGAAAACGAGGAGGAAAGUUCCAGCAAGCCAAACCCACAUACCUUCCUUCCACGGCAUCCAAAGCACAACACCAAAAGCAAAGCAGCACUCCACCUCUGUCCUCAGCAAAAACAAACAAUUCUUUCCCUACCAGAGAGAGCAACAGAACAGAGAGACAAACGGAAAACUAGAAACAAAACCUUUCCCUUUUUCCAUUUCUAGUGCAGAAAUGGACGGCUAUCCAGCUCCAACAACGCCGAAAACCCCACAAAUCUCAGAAAUGUUUCAAAAAUUCGCCUUGGCUUUCAAGACCAAAACUUUCGAGUUCUUCGCCGAUGACGACGAUAACAACAAGAACCCUUCCGACUCCGACGGAUUUUCCCUCCUCGACUCCAACGAAGACUUCAUCACCGACCAAAAGGUCGUCGUCAUCAAGCCCGACCCACCUCCGAAUUCCUCUUCCUCCAUCAAUAACAGUUUCCAGAUGAGAACCAUCGACACCCAGAUAGCCGACUCUUUGAUUUCUUCUGUUUUUGCUGCAGUUUCUUCGGUUGAAGCUUCCUAUCUUCAGUUACAAACUUCGCACGUUCCGUUCGUGGAGGAAAGUGUGAAAGCAGCUGAUAGAGCUUUGGUUUCUCAUCUCCGAAGGUUGUCUGAUUUGAAGUACUUUUAUAGGGAAAUUCGAAAGAAUCCCAAUUUUGAAGCUGGGUUAUCUCUUGGGUCUUGCUUGGAAGCUCAAGUGCAAGAGAAUCAAAGCAAGUUGAGAGCUUUGGAAACGGUCUCAAACCGGUUACAAGAAGAGAUUGAUGAAAAAGACAAUGACGUUUCAUCUUUGAGGAAGAAAUUAGCUGAGAUUCAAUGGGCCAACACGAAAUUAUCCAAAAAAUUGUCUGGUAAUUUGAAUUCAGCUUGUGAUGUUCUGUUAACUGUUAGGGUUUUUUAUGCUGUUUUGCAUGAUGCUUGUAGAGCAACCCAUAAGUUUAGUAAGAUUUUGAUUGGUUUGAUGAGAAAAGCUGGGUGGGAUCUUCAUUUGGUGGCGGAUUCGGUUUAUCCUGAUAUUGAUUAUGCUAAGGAAGGACACAAUAGAUUUGCUUUUUUGUCAUAUGUUUGUUUGGGGAUGUUUCGGGGUUUUGAUUUGGAAGGGUUUGGUUUGAACGAAAAUGAACCUCUGUGUAAUGGCAAUAAUGCUACUUGUUCAUUGAAACAAUUGCUCGAGCAUGUAUCUAGCAAUCCCAUGGAGUUGCUGAGUAGGAACCAAAACUGUGAAUACUCAAGAUUUUGUGAGAAGAAGUAUCAAGAUCUUAUUCAUCCCACCAUGGAGUCAUCGAUAUUUAGCAAUUUGGAUCAAAAUGAAGUUGUGCUGAGUUCAUGGAGAUCAUUGAGCAUAUUCUAUGAGUCAUUUGUUAACAUGGCUAGUUCAAUAUGGACACUUCAUAAGCUGGCCUUUUCGUUUGAUCCUGUGGUUGAGAUAUUUCAAGUUGAAAGAGGAGUUGAUUUCUCAAUUAUAUACAUGGAAGAUGUCACCAAGAGAUAUAACUUGCCAGGCGAAACUAGGGUGAAAGUGGGGUUCACAGUGGUUCCUGGAUUUAAAAUCGGAAGGACUGUGAUUCAGUCUCAGGUCUAUUUAAGUGGGUCGAAAUGUACAGGGUAAUUGCUCAAAUAUUGCACCAUGUAGAGAACUAAGUUAUAAUAAUACUUCUCUUUGUAAAAGGGAGUUUGGAGCAAAGGUUUUUUUUGGUUGGAAUCUUUGGCUGCAAUCUGUGAUAGGCUGGGAGUGUAGAUAAACUAUAAUGACAUUAUGACACCGGAAUCCUAAAGAUGAAAGUUGCAAUUUUAUUGGCUGCCUUGAUUUAUUGUCCUUGAGAAGAUAGAUACCUAUCAUGUAAACACCUAAAGAAAUGCUAACUCUGUUUCUGCAUUUUGCACUGGGCUCUCUCGGGAGUGACUGUGGACUGUGGUAUGGCAGCUUCUUGGCUAUCUUCUGAUACUUAACUACAUCUCCAGGUUGCGAAUUCCUUUUCUUACAAUUCUCUUGUGAGUCCAAUGUAGAAAUGACUGUAAAGCGUUCUCUCCCCCUUCUUUUCUUUUCCUUUAAGCUUUGUGAGAUCUUCUGACACAAGAAAAAUACUACCCCAAAUGUGUAUCCACAUAGUUGUUACUUAUACAGUUUGACUUUGUAUUAUUCCACCUUUUUAGGUUGUGUCUUUGAUUAAAGCAAAUAUGUUGAGCAAACCUCUAUUGCUAUUUUAA